AUGGGAAGCGGGUACCAUCUGCUAGUGAACACGGGGCAUGAGGAACUCCCUACACCUUCAGGAACUUCUUCUUUCUAUUGGAUACCACCAGCAGUCUGUGUGUGUGCCAACAAUCUUUCUGCUGACACUAGACGGCAUCAAGACCAGACCAAGGAAGAUACUCAGUGAAACACAACGCAUUACAGGGAUAUUGAAACGAUCUUCUUCAUCUGAGGAACAGGAAAGAUCGGACCAAAACGCAGCGUGGUUUGCAAUGGGGCUAUAUCUGGUGGUCCUCUGGGUCUGUGCUGUGGUGCUGCAUUCCCUUGGGAGAGCAGAGAAAGUAACUCAAACGACUGAAACAAGUUUCUCUGAGAGCACAGAAGGGUUGACUGCUGGGACGGUUACUAUAGGGCUGGAUGACCAGAACCAAGAACCGCCUCCCUUCUACCCCUGUCAGGAUGACGAGACGGAUUACAGAGAAAGAGUGUACCAGAGGGAUUCUCAUGGUGUUAUGCAGCUGGUUCAGAGCGAGGACUAUGAAGGCAACGAGGACUAUGAAGACACUGACAUUGACACCAGCAAUGACACCACCAUUCACCCCUGCAACCUAUCACCCAGUGGACUGCCCCUCUGUCUUAUCUACCCAACCAAUCAACUCAACUGCUCCUGGAAAUUCCAUGAUCUCUCCAAUGACAGCCAAUCCUCUGCCUCUGCCUCUGUCUCUGUGUGUAGGAACAAUGAGAGAAUCUCCAGUGUGGACUGUGUCUCUGAGGUCAUGGGAGGCCAGGGAGCCCAGGGAUGGCCUGGCGGUGUGGUUCGAGAUGUGUCUGCUGUCUGCCAAGGCAGUGUGGGUGACGGCGUCACCUCUUUGAGUCUGACUUUCAAAGUGUCACGCCCUGACGUGUGCUGCAUCUACACCAAUAAAAUGGACACCAUAGAUAUUGAAGUACUGCGCCCGCCACCCAACAUCACUGCCUGGGUCAGAGAGGAGGGUCUGCUGGUGCAGUGGGGUCUCCCGUCCAGCACCACACCUAGAUGCUUCCGCUACCAGCUCCAGAUCAAUGACCUGGUGAGGAGCUUUACAGAGGGACUGACAUACAAUGAGACCAACCUGGACCACACACAACGGUACGACGUGAAGAUGAGGGUGAGGAAGAAUAGUGACUGCAGAGGAUCUGAACACUGGAGCAGCUGGAGCAACAUCAUCACGGUGGCCCCGUCUGAAUCACACAAUCAUCUGAACACUGUUGUUGUUGGCAUCACUCUGGGGAUACCCAUGAUCCUCCUGGCUCUGCUGCUGCUGAUCAGACUCCAGAGGGAACGUCUGUUUCCCCCCAUCCCUGGUCCCCCACUGAAGAUUAAACACCUCUUGGAGAGAGACGACCUACUUCAGGUCCUGCCGUCCAAAUGUGUUGAGGAGAUCACUGUGGUGGAGGAAGCUGAGGAAACACCUGUCAAUAUGGCCUGUUUUUAAAGUAGCCUUGUAAACAGCAGACUGAAGCUUGCGGGAUCAGACGGCUUUGCUCGGCUGUUUAAAGCCCUGUCAUCGUUAGCCCCUAGGCCGAUCUGUAAGAAGGAUCCCCUUAGCCUAUCAGAGGUCAAGAUGCAGUCAUUAUUAUUUAUUAAUACCUAUCCGGUUCUUUCAGAUCUACAAGAAGUAGGACAAGGAGAGUGUGUGCUUGUAGGGCAAGUGUGACCUUCCUGGUCCCGCCCCUCAAGUCCGCGAGUCAACACAGGAAGGAGUAAUGGAUGGAUAGUUCUUUUAUUUCCAAAGCUGCGAUGAUGGGACACACACACAGUAUGGAUGAAUGAUGAGUAGUAGACGGAAUAUAAACAGCACUCCUAAAGAAGAUGCAUUCUCCAGUUAGCUACCAACUUCAAAGAGGGAACUUUAACUAGCAUAAAACCCACAUGGCAAAUAACAUAUAAAGAGUGGCUUAUUUGACGCCAAACCAACAACAUUAGUUGCUAAUAACAUAAAUUGCUCACAUUGCUCAUUUUACAAUGUGGAUUUUUUGAUGUAAUGUCAACAUUGUACAUUUCUAUCUCAGGACCAUUCCAUUUUCAACUCACCCACAGCAAAUCUCCAUAAAUUUGCUGUGGAUUACCCAGAAUCCCAUACUUUUAUCACUGAGUGUAUUAGAGAAUGUAAACACACUAAUCCACCAGGAGGUGGCAUAAUACCAAUUUUAUGCAGGAAUUUAACAAUUUAAUCGCACCAUUACACAAGCAGUUUCCUUGGUCAGAUAUGUUGGAUUCUAGCUUGAAAUAUACUUAUUCAUGUUACAUACUAUAAAUUAUUGAUGACUUGACAUGUACAAUGAAUGUAUAUGUUUGGGUAAAUGGCGGAUAAGAACUAGGUGUAUGGAAAGUUAAUCAGUGGGUCCUAUGGAGGGAGGCAAAGGGCAACAGUCUGGUUUCAGUCAAUGGUAAAGUAGGACAGCUGUGGAUUAGGGAGGAGUGAGAAAUUCGGUCCGAGGUCAGAUGAAGUGAGAAGGAAUAGUCCUGUCACACACGCAGACUUGCAUGCCUACAAAGGUUCUAGUAGGAGGCGGGCCAUAACUACACCAGUGAGAGGAACCAAUUUAGUUCCUGACUAGCAACAGUGAUGUUGGCUGUCUAGAUAUGCAAGGAGGUGACACCUCCUAGUACGAGGUUAUAAAGAUAUGUGCUUGUGUAAACAUGUUUUUGUCUUUGCGGCUGUUUGACGUUUGACCCAGUGGGGGAAUAAACUUGGUUUGAGCUUUU